AUGACGAAUAGCCCUAAAGAUUCAAGAUUCAUUACCUGUUGUCUGCAUGCCUUGUUUAAUUUUGAUCUCUGUGUUUAUUUUACAGGGUGCUGUACUUUCGAUGAGCCUCUCAGUUCCUGUGGCUAUAGUCAGUCAGAUGAUGAUGAUCUUAACUGGGACCAGGUGAACGCACCGAUAAAGCCCUCCUCAGGUCAAGGGAUGCCAUCUGGUUCUUUCAUGUUGGUGAAUACAUCGGGGAGAUUUGCGGGACAGAAAGCUCACCUCCUGCUGCCCCAUCUGAAAGAAAAUGAUACACAUUGUAUUGAUUUCCACUAUUAUGUUUCAAGCAAGAGUGGAUCUAGCCCUGGCACUUUGAAUAUAUAUGUGAAAGUUAAUGAUGGUCCAAUUGGUAACCCGGUCUGGAACACAUCUAUCACUGCUACUUGGAACAGAGCAGAACUGGCAAUUAGCACUUUCUGGCCCAAUUUUUAUCAGGUUGUUUUUGAAGUGGUCACUUCAGGUCACCCAGGAUAUGUGGCUAUUGAUGAAGUGAAAGUUUUAGGACAUCCAUGUACAAAAACUCCCCAUUUCUUGCGUCUUCAGAGUGUGGAAGUCAAUGCAGGACAAUUUGCUACUUUUCAAUGUGCUGCCAAUGGUGGAACAGACCCAGGUGACAGACUCUGGUUACAGGGUAUUUAUGUAAGGGAUGCACCUUUGAAGAACAUAAAAGUGUUCAACUUCCGCCGAUUUGUAGCUCUUUUUAGUGUGGUAAAUGCCACGAAGCGGGACGCUGGCAACUAUCGCUGCAUGAUUCGGACAGAAGGAGGAGUUGGUGUAUCAAACUAUGCAGAACUGAUAGUCAAAGAGCCACCGGUUCCCAUUGCUCCACCUCAGCUGUCCUCAGUCGGUGCAACUUACCUGUGGAUACAGUUGAAUGCCAAUUCCAUCAAUGGCGAUGGACCCAUUAUUCAAAGGGAAGUUGAGUAUCGAACUUCAAGUGGAAGCUGGUAUGACAUACAACCUGUGGAUUCCACGAGCUAUAAGAUUGGACACCUGGAUCCUGACACAGAAUAUGAAAUCAGUGUAUUACUUACAAGACCAGGUGAAGGAGGAACUGGAUCUCCUGGCCCAGCUCUCAAAACAAGAACAAAAUGUGCUGAUCCAAUGCGUGGGCCACGAAAACUAGAGGUUGUGGAGAUCAAAUCUAGACAAAUCACUAUUUGCUGGGAACCGUUUGGAUAUAAUGUCACACGUUGCCAUCGAUACAACCUCACAGUCCAUUACCGUUACCAGGCUGGAGGACAAGAGCAAGUGAGAGAAGAAGUAAGCUGGGAUACAGAAAGUUCACAUCCCCAGCACACAAUUACUAAUCUAUCACCAUACACAAAUGUCAGCAUCAAAUUAGUACUAAUGAAUCCUGAAGGACGAAAAGAAAGCCAAGAACUUGUAGUACAAACUGAUGAAGAUGUCCCAAGUGCUGUGCCACUUGAAUCCAUUCAAGGGAGUACCUUUGAAGAGAAGAUUUUUCUUCAAUGGAGAGAGCCAGCGCAAACAUACGGUGUGAUUACUUUGUAUGAGAUCACCUACAAAGCAGUCAGUUCCUUUGACCCAGAAAUAGAUUUAUCCAAUCAAAGUGGACGAGUCUCAAAGCUAGGAAAUGAAACGCACUAUGUCUUUUUUGGACUGUAUCCUGGCACUACCUACUCUUUCACCAUCAGAGCCAGCACAGCUAAAGGCUUUGGACCUCCAAUCACGAAUCAGUUCACCACUAAAAUAUCAGCACCCUCUAUGCCACCAUAUGAACUUGAAACACCUUUGAAUCAAACUGACAGCACUGUGACAGUCUUGCUGAAACCUGCACAGAGCAGAGGCGCUCCUGUCAGUGUCUACCAAAUAGUUGUGGAAGAAGAACGCCCACGGAGGACCAAAAAGACAACUGAAAUCCUGAAGUGCUACCCAGUGCCCAUUCAUUUCCAGAAUGCCUCGCUUUUGAAUUCCCGGUACUACUUUGCUGCGGAGCUUCCAGCCAAUGGAUUACAAGCUGCUCAGCCUUUUACUAUUGGUGAUAACAAAACCUACAGUGGUUUCUGGAACACUCCUCUUCUUCCUCAUAAGAGCUACAGCAUCUAUUUUCAAGCUGCUAGCAGAGCCAAUGGGGAAACCAAAACCGACUGCGUCAGGGUAGCCACAAAAGCUGCGAUAAUCGUGACUCAGCUUACAACACCAUACAUUCGCAUCGCCCCUGCUGCAGGCGACGACCAACUAACAGGGGCUGCCACUCGAAAACCAGACCCAGAGCCUGAGAAGCAGACCGACCAUACCGUUAAAAUUGCUGGAGUCAUUGCAGGCAUCUUGCUGUUCGUGAUUAUAUUUCUGGGGGUUGUGCUGGUAAUGAAGAAAAGAAGAAGCUAUCACUCCUACACUUAUUACCUGAAAUUGGCUAAAAAGCGGAAAGAGACAUUGAGUAGUACACGGCAGGAAAUGACAGUGAUGGUGAAUUCAAUGGAUAAAAGCUACACGGAGCAAGGCACCAACUGUGACGAAGCUUUCUCUUUCAUGGACACGCACAAUCUAAAUGGGAGAUCUGUAUCUUCACCAUCUUCAUUUACAAUGAAAACUAACACAUUGAGCACAACAGUGCCUAAUUCUUAUUACCCAGAUCCAUUUGUGCCAACUGCAAUUUUAGUGCCAAUCAAUGAUGAAACCCAUACGAUGGUCAGUGACACAAGCAGCCUGGUCCAAUCCCAUACCUACAAGAAGCGAGAUCCAGUGGAUGUGCCCUACCAGACAGGACAGCUUCAUCCAGCCAUCCGUGUAGCUGACUUGCUACAGCACAUCACCCAAAUGAAGUGUGCAGAAGGCUAUGGAUUCAAAGAGGAAUAUGAAAGUUUCUUUGAAGGACAGUCUGCACCGUGGGAUUCAGCUAAGAAAGAUGAGAACAGAAUGAAAAAUAGAUAUGGGAAUAUCAUUGCAUAUGAUCAUUCUCGAGUGAGACUGCAGCCCAUUGAAGGAGAAACAAGUUCUGAUUACAUCAAUGGAAAUUAUAUUGAUGGUUAUCAUAGACCAAAUCACUACAUUGCUACACAAGGACCAAUGCAGGAGACAAUAUAUGACUUUUGGAGAAUGGUAUGGCAUGAGAACACAGCCAGCAUAAUCAUGGUUACUAAUCUCGUAGAAGUGGGAAGGGUCAAAUGCUGCAAAUACUGGCCAGAUGACACAGAGAUAUAUAAAGACAUUAAAGUUACCCUAAUAGAAACAGAGCUCCUGGCUGAGUAUGUGAUUCGAACAUUUGCAGUAGAAAAGAGAGGUGCUCAUGAGAUUCGAGAAAUUCGGCAGUUUCACUUCACUGGCUGGCCAGACCACGGUGUACCGUACCAUGCGACAGGACUGCUAGGAUUUGUACGGCAGGUCAAAUCCAAGAGCCCACCAAACGCUGGUCCUCUGGUUGUUCACUGCAGUGCUGGUGCUGGCAGAACUGGGUGCUUCAUUGUUAUUGACAUCAUGCUCGAUAUGGCAGAAAGGGAAGGCGUUGUAGACAUAUACAAUUGCGUGAGAGAGCUUCGAUCUCGGAGAGUUAACAUGGUGCAGACUGAGGAACAGUAUGUAUUCAUCCAUGAUGCUAUCCUGGAAGCCUGUCUUUGUGGGGACACAUCUAUUCCAGCUUCUCAAGUUAGGUCUGUUUACUAUGAAAUGAAUAAACUGGAUCCUCAGACUAACUCCAGCCAGAUCAAAGAGGAAUUUAGGACUUUAAAUAUGGUGACUCCAACACUGCGCGUAGAAGACUGCAGCAUAGCACUUUUACCACGAAAUCAUGAAAAGAAUCGCUGCAUGGAUGUUCUGCCUCCAGACAGAUGCCUGCCUUUCCUCAUAACGAUAGAUGGGGAGAGCAGUAACUACAUCAAUGCUGCACUGAUGGAUAGCUACAAACAACCGUCAGCUUUUAUAGUUACGCAGCAUCCCUUGCCAAAUACCGUCAAAGAUUUCUGGAGACUGGUCCUAGACUAUCACUGCACUUCAAUAGUUAUGCUGAACGAUGUCGAUCCAGCACAACUGUGUCCUCAGUAUUGGCCAGAAAACGGAGUACACCGACACGGUCCUAUUCAGGUGGAGUUUGUAUCAGCUGAUUUAGAAGAAGACAUCAUCAGCCGGAUAUUCCGAAUUUAUAAUGCAGCCAGACCCCAAGACGGCUAUCGGAUGGUGCAGCAGUUCCAGUUCCUGGGAUGGCCCAUGUACAGAGACACUCCCGUUUCCAAACGCUCCUUCUUGAAGCUCAUCCGCCAGGUGGAGAAGUGGCAGGAAGAAUAUAACGGGGGAGAGGGACGCACAGUUGUACAUUGCUUGAAUGGAGGUGGCCGCAGUGGGACAUUUUGUGCAAUCAGUAUUGUUUGUGAAAUGCUUCGACAUCAGAGGGCUGUUGACGUAUUCCAUGCUGUGAAGACACUGAGGAAUAAUAAGCCUAACAUGGUGGACCUUCUGGAUCAAUACAAAUUCUGCUAUGAAGUGGCUUUGGAAUACUUGAAUUCCGGCUGA